UAAGCUACAGCUACUCUGUUUUGUGUUUUUAUUUAAUUCGUUUCUAUUUUUAAUGAUGAUUGGGUAGAAAGAGGAUUUGCGUGGGCAUCAUUUUUUCUCUUCCAAGAUUCGUUUGCUUAUUCGUAUCGGCAUUGCAUUGUGAGCUGUUAUAGUUUAACGCACAGUUUUUAGAUUGAAGAGUAGCUUGAGGUGCCGAUAUGGAUACUGAAUUACCGUAUAUUAUUGAAUAUUCAAAAAGCAGUCGAGCAUCGUGUAAAAUAUGCAAGAAUAAAAUUGAGAAAGAUUGUCUGCGAAUGGGCGUAAUGGUUCAGUCUACACAGUUUGAUGGAAAGUUUCCAGUAUGGCAUCAUUCUGAUUGUUUUUUCAAGGACAAAGACAAAAAAGUAAAGACAACUGCUGAUAUUGCUAAUUUUGAUAAUAUACGAUGGGAAGAUCAAAAGAAAAUAAAAGAUCAAAUGGAUGAAAAUGCUGCUAAUAAUCCUGAGGGAGCUACUGAAAAUUCUGAAUUUUUAAUUGAAUAUGCAAAAUCAAGUCGUAGCUCUUGUAGGGAUUGUGGUGAGAAAAUCAAGAAGGGAGAUGUCCGAAUUGCAAAAAUUGACACCAAAAGCACAGAUGCUCAACGGUAUGGGCCCAUAUUAGGAUGGCGUCAUGCUGAUUGUUUUGUAAAAAACAGACAGGAUUUAGGAUUUACUGAAGAUGCUGAAAUGUUGCCAGGUUUCAAAACCCUCUCAGAUGGAGAUAAAGAAGUAAUUAGAGAAAAACUUCAGAGUGUUGGAGGUAAACGAAAGAAUGAAAAUGAUGAAACAUCUAAUUCUGCAAAAAAAUCAAAAAAAUCUGAUAAUGAAGACGAUGAAGCAUUAGAAGCCCAAAAUAAGCUUCUUUAUGAUAUGAGAGAUAAGCUUAAAGCUAAUUUGUCAAGAAAAGACAUGGUAACAUUGCUGGAGCAUAAUAAUCAUCAUGUUCCAACUGGGGAGAGUAAUAUCUUGGAUCAGUUAUCAGAUUGUUUGAUUUUUGGAGCUUUGAAAUUAUGUCCUGAGUGUAAGAACAGUAGACCCUAUUAUAAAUUUGAUGGCUAUCAUUGUUCUGGGGAUGUAACGGAGUGGGCCAAAUGCCAGUAUGUUACAACAUCCCCCGAAAGAGAGGAAUUCAAAAUACCUGAGACAUUAAGAGAGAAAUAUAAAUUUCUGCAGGAUUAUAAAUAUGAAAAACGAGAAAGACUCUUUCCUUCACAUAUUGAACGAUCAUCUGAGAGAAGUAACAAAGGUCUGCCACUAGAAAAAUUCAGGAUAGCUGUACGGGGCCAGUUUCGGGUUCCCAAAGAAUUUAUCUCAAAACAAGUGAAAGAAUUAGGUGGAAUUAUUUGUGAAAACUUUGAUAAUUCUGUUUCACUUUGUAUAAGCACUACAGAGGAAGUUGCUAAAGGUAGUAACAUGAUAGCAAAAGCUCGCACAGCGAAUAUACAUGUUGUCUCAUAUGAUUUCUUGGAAGCUGUAAAGAAAGGAACAUCACCUGCCCAAGCUAUUAAAGAAAAUCUGAUAUCAUCUUGGGGCGAUGAUCCUCUUUUAAAAUUCAGUGAAGAAGGGGAUUCUAUAGCUGAGAAAGAUUCAGACUCUGUGGAUGAUCAUCAAACAGAAGAUAAAGAUGUAGAUUCUGGGAGUGGUUAACAUGAAGUUUGAUGAUGCUUGAUUAAUGCAGACACUGGAAAUGGCAAUGAGGUGGAAAAAGUUUCAUUGACAUAAGUGACUAUUGUUCUUAUGAGUAGUGCAAGAAAAGGAAACAUAUUUCUACACCUAAUUUAAUGCAUCAAUAGAUGUAAUUUAUUGUUAAUGAAUCUUAAAAAUGGAAGCUUCAUAUUAACUUCUAAACAUGCUACUGUUUAUGUUGGUUCUGGGGAAUUUGUAAAGUCUAUCAUCUUCAAAUGGAAUUUUGAAAUACCAAUUUGAUAAAUACUGAUUGUAUUUAGGAAAAUUAUUAUGUUAUGUAAAGUUUAUGCUGUUGUGAUGAAAUAUGUAAAAGUUUAUAGAUGUUGACAAAGUAAGUUUUAUGUGAAAUAUUUUUUGUAUACUAGUUCAUUUGAAGUUUGUCUUGAAAAUAUCAAGUAUGAAAUCAAGUUUUUUUAAUAAAUUGUACAACCCUGAUAUUUUGAAAUAUCUUUUUUCAUUUAUGUUUGCCUACAAUACAUAAAAUUUAUGUGAAAUAUUUUUUAUAUACUAAUUUGUUGAAGUUUGUCUUGAAAAUAUCAAGUAUGAAAGUUUUUUAAUAAAUUGUACAACCCUGAUAUUUUAAAA